AUGCGAUGCGCGAGCACAAAGGCCGCCGAGAGCGCGUGUGCACGUAUCUGUGCGGAAGCCGAAGCAGAAACCACAGCAACUGAUGUGUCAUCGUUGCUGAAACGACUCAGCCUGUAUCACCUGGUGAUGCAGGCGCUCGUCAUGAAGACACUCAUGUCUUCACAGAGUAUAAGCUCGGUGUCUCGUACUCUCCUGAUACGGAAGACGGAUCCGUAUCGACGGCGAUCGAAACCAAGCCGCCUGCCAAGCGUGGCAUGGAUGAUGCUAUGCGUCGUAGCAUCUUUGGUUCAUCUGAUGAAUCAGACGAACCAUCGCCGAAGCGUAGGCGCUCGAGGUCGCGAGACUCGGGCGCUAACAGUGGUGUCGGUUCUCCUAUGGACACCACUUCGCAACGAGGUGUCAGUCCUUCUGUCGGCACGUCGCAGGAAGAGCGGGGACCGCAAUGUCUUGCGUCUCGCCUUCUGA